AUGGUAGUCAUUCUAUUCUGCACAGCUGAGGAGGCCAAGCCUCUCGUCCCAGCAAUCAUGUCAUUUGAACAGGCCCAAGACACCUGGAUCUUUGGCUUUGCCGAGUCGCGCGACGGCCUGGGUGCUGAUGAUGGCAACUUUAAAAAUUGGAUCGAAGACGGCGCGACCGUUGAAACAGAUUUCAUUGGUGCCUCUGAACAAGAAUGCCAGUCAUGGGCCCUGGAGCAGAUGAAUCGCCUACCCAACGUUAACGACGGGAUGAUUGCCAUUGCGGAUGAGCGCACUGCAAAGGAUGACACGAUUCUAUUGCAACUCUACAAUUCAAGCUCCGGCGAUCUGACACCCGAGGGCGAAGGAGAUUAUGGUCUCGAAUUCGAGGGCUAUGGAAAGCUUCCAGCCAAGGAAAACACAUGGUACAGCUUCAGGAUCAGAUACCAAGACUCAUUCAAUAUUUAUGCGGCUCUUUCCUAUGGAGCUAUCGAUGUAGUCUACCCGGUUUAUUUUGGGCGUACAGACGAGCUCGUGGAUGACAACGGUGUGUUCAAUGUCGAAAGGGCAGAAGCUCUCUGUGUUGAGUAA